GAGCUACGUGCUCGAGUGCCGAAGUUCUUGAGUAAUGAUACUGGUCACCCAUUCCUACAAUUUAGAUUGACUUUGGCCAGGAACAAUGGCAUAUCCGUAAAGGAGAAUCUUUACUUGCAGAUGGCAAUCAGCUGAUCUAGAUAGAUAUGUCAACGGCUCUCCACACUUGGGACAUGCAUUCACCAUGUCCAAGAUUGAGUUUGCGGCUCGUGUUGCCAGAGCCCAGGGAAAGCGAACGCUGUAUCCCCAGGGUUACCAUGCCACUGGCAUGCCAAUCAAGGCAUGUGCAGAUAAACUUGUCCACGAGAUCAAUCUGUUUGGUAUUGAUUUCGCGGACUACGAUGAGAAUAACGAUGGAGACGUGGUUGCAUCUCCUGACUCAACACAAGCGCAGACGAAGGAAGAUAUCACCAAGUUCACCAAUGUUCGAAAAGGAAAGGCCGCUUUGAAGUCCGUCAAGGCCAAAUACCAAUUCCAAGUUAUGUUGUCCUUAGGCAUACCUCGUACAGAGAUCUACAAAUUCGCUAACCCCCAAUACUGGCUACAAUACUUCCCGAAGCUGUGGCAAGAGCAUUUUACUGCAUUUGGGUGCUCAAUUGACUGGAGGCGGAGCUUCAUCACCACCGAAGCAAAUCUGUUCUAUGAUUCAUUCGUACAGUGGCAAAUGCGACGAUUAAAAGAGCUGGGAAAAAUUCGUUUCGGCAAGCGAUAUUCUAUUUACUCGCCAAAGGACCGGCAGCCUUGCCUAGAUCACGACAGAGCUGAGGGAGAAUCUGUUCGAACGCAAGAAUACACAGCUAUCAAAUGUAAAGUCAAGCAAUGGUCCGAACAAGCACAACGUAUUCUAGAAGGUAAAAUACCUGCUGAUGCUAAUAUAUACAUGGUUCCGGCUACCCUCCGUCCCGAAACAAUGUACGGACAAACUAAUGUAUUCGUCUCACCUGCAAUCACCUAUGGCAUUUUCCGAGUCUCGGAGACGGACUUCUUCUUUGUCACGAACAGAGCUGCUCGCAACAUGGCUUUUCAGGGCAUUUUCACUGGCCUAGAUUGGGGAAUCGUCCAAAGGGUCGUAGAGCUCAGCGGGUCUGAUGUCAUUGGUUCUACAGUCAGUGCUCCAUUGAGCCGUCAAGGAGAGGUUUAUGUCAUUCCCAUGGAUACCAUCUCGGAAACAAAGGGCACCGGUGUCGUCACAUCCGUACCAUCUGAUAGUCCCGAUGACUACGCUAUGACCAUAGAGUUGUCAAAAAAGGCAGACUUUUAUGGAAUCAGUUCGGAGUGGGUGUCUUUGGAGCUCUUACCUAUCAUUGACACACCUAACCAUGGCAAUCUUAUUGCUCCGACUCUUGUAAAGCAAAUGAAGAUUAACUCUCCAAAAGACACCCAGAGGCUGGCCGAGGCAAAAGAGCAAGCGUAUAAAGUAGGCUUCUAUCAAGGAACGCUAAUCGUGGGCGAAUUUUCGGGAAUGUUGGUUCAAGAUGCCAAGAACCUUGUUCGACAAAGUUUGAUAGAUUCCCACGAUGCGAUUGAAUAUUGCGAGCCCGAUGGAAGAGCCAUAUCGCGAUCUGGCGACGACUGCGUUGCAGCAUAUUUAGAUCAAUGGUUCUUGACCUACGGAGACCUCGAUGAGACAUGGCGUGAUGAGGUCCUUGGGCAUGUCCGCAACAACGAUGGGCAAGGAUUCAACUGUUUUACGGCCUCAACGAAACACGCAAUCGAGAAUACCCUGGCAUGGAUGUCCCAGUGGUGCGUUACCCGACAAUAUGGCCUUGGCACAAAGCUGCCCUGGGAUCCUUCAGAACUCGUAGAGGGUUUGUCCGACUCUACAAUCUAUAUGGCGUACUACACGGUUGCCCACUAUCUACAUGGCAACAUGUAUGGCACCCAGCCAGGUAUUGCCAAUAUUCAGGUACCACAAAUGACUGAUGAUGUGUGGGACUACAUCUUCGCCAUUCGACAUGAAGUCGAGACGGAUAUCGACAAAGACACUCUUGAGAAAAUGCGAAGAGAGUUUACUUAUUGGUACCCACUGGACGUUCGUGUCAGUGGAAAGGAUCUGAUUACCAACCAUCUCAUCUUUUUUCUCUACGUCCACCAAGCAUUGUGGGGCAAAUGCUCGCCUCAAUAUUUACCAAAGGGAAUCAGGAUUAAUGGUCAUGUCACAUUGAAUGGCAGUAAAAUGAGUAAGAGUAGUGGCAAUUUCCUAACGCUGGAUGCUGCAAUCAGGAAAUUUGGAGCAGAUGCCACGCGAAUUGCCCUUGCAGACGGAGGCGACGGGGUGGAAGAUGCGAACUUCGAGGAAAACGUGGCAAACGCCAUUAUCUUGAAGCUUUACGAACUUCGAAAGUGGAUUGAAGAGGUGAUUACCGGAGCACGAAUCCUGAAAGAGAAUGAGGCAUAUCAUGGACUUCAGGAGGGAAAGCGAUCCAAAACUUCUGAUACAGAUCAAAGGGGAGGAUCAAAAUUAUUCUGGGAUGAGCUCUUUGAGAAUGAACUUGACAUUCUUGUGCGGGCAACGGUCCAACAUUUCGCGACGACCAACUAUAAAGCAGCCCUCAAGUCAGGCUUCUAUGACUUCACAGCAGCACGCGACAGCUACCGCAUCUCCACCACAUCUGCAGGGGUCGGCAUGCACCAUGACUGUGUUCAUCGCUUCGUUGAACUUCAAGCACAGAUGAUUUGCGUUAUUGCUCCGCAUUGGUCGGAACACGUCUGGAGAGAGAUUCUGAACAAGCCGUCAACGAUUCAAUCUGUUCCAUUUCCCGAAGUACCUGAGCCUAGAGAGUCCCUUACCGCAAUUUCUAGUUACAUACGUUCAAUCAUGGCGACUAUCAGCUCUCUGGAGGGCACGCAACAGAAACGCAUUGCUAAAGGCAAACACUCCAAUUACGAUCCAAACCAAUUUAAACGCUUGACAAUCUUUGCUGCAAAGUCGUGGCCUGCUUGGCAGAUUGAGUACAUAGAUUUGGUGCGUGAGAUGUUCGACGGAGUGACGCUGGAUGUUAAAAAAGUGGGUGAGAAGAUUAACAGAGCCGACAUGAAGAAAGCGAUGCCAUUCAUUCAAUUGCUCAAGCGGAGAUUAGAGUCGGGAGAGUCAAGAAGCACGGUAUUCGAGAGGAAGCUUGGAUUCGACGAGAUCAAAGUGUUAGGGGAGCUGGCACCAAGUUUGAAAGCGACAAUUCCCAAGUUGAAAGAAGUGGACAUAUUCCUGGUGCAGGAUGACGCUGGGAGCGACAAGCUGAAUGCGCUUCCAAAAGCAGCUUCUUUAGCUGAACCUGGUUCACCUUCCUUCGAAUUUGCGAAUCUCUAAGGCCUUUGUAGCAGAUGAACUUUACUUGCAUACCCAUCGAAAUGUCUGUAUUGGGUGCAGU